AAGGGAAGUUUGGGGGAACUGAAGAGGAGAUGGCAGUUUUUGCGGAGAAAAACAUUUGUAGAAAUCACCCCUUCGGCCUUCAUCGGGCGUGUCCCUCUUCUGGGCAUCUCUUCAGGAUUUCAUUCCUCCGUCCAACUGCCGUUUCUCAACUGCCCUUUCCAACUGCUCCAGAACUCUUGUCCCUGGCAUUCCGUGAUGUAGAUUAUUCCACGCAUGGCUCGGAAUGGGUGCGAAGCAGUGUUGCCAGGUGUCGGAUCACUAGUGUAAGUUGCCAGAUCUCGGGGAAGGGAGGAAAAAGCGGGAAAACCGCUCUUGGAAUUUGUACAGGCGCUGUUGUUUCAGCCAGAGCACCGCACUUGGGCGGCUGAGCGUGAUGCUGCCGUUGGCUGGAGAGCUCGGAGUGGGGCGACUCUGGGGUUGAGAUUUUCUGCCUCAAAGAUUCCAGUGUUAGGAUACAGCUCGUGUGGAACUGGACGUUGGCAACGCUGCUGCCGAGGGGAGAACCUGGGGCCUGCGGGGCAAAGCCCAUAGCUGUGCUGCCUGGGGCCAUAGUGCCUGUCCUGUCCGCACGGGCUGGGAGAGCCGCAUCUGCUUUCCUGCCGGAUCCAAGACGCGGCAAGCAGCCCAGGCUCACCAUGCCUGCCAGCAGCCAGUCACGAAAUUCAAAGACUUCUGUCUGUUUGUCAUGGAUGAUGAUGAUGACUCGUGUCUCCUUGAUCUUAUUGGAGACCCACAAGCAUUGAACUAUUUUCUACAUGGACCUAGUAAUAAAUCUAGCAAUGAUGACUUGACUAAUGCAGGAUACUCUGCAGCCAAUUCAAACUCAAUUUUCGCCAACUCUAGUAAUGCUGAUCCUAAGUCAUCCCUCAAAGCUGUAAGCAACCAACUUGGAGAAGGGCCUAGUGAUGGACUGCCACUUUCAAGUAGCCUUCAGUUUCUUGAAGAUGAACUUGAGUCUUCUCCUCUCCCUGAUCUCAGUGAGGACCAACCUUUCGACAUUCUUCAGAAAUCCUUGCAGGAGGCCAAUAUCACUGAACAGACGUUGGCAGAAGAGGCAUAUCUGGAUGCCAGUAUAGGUUCAAGCCAACAGUUUGCACAAGCUCAGCUUCAUCCUUCUUCAUCAGCAUCCUUUACUCAGGCUUCUAAUGUUUCUAAUUACUCAGGUCAGACACUGCAGCCUAUCGGGGUGACCCAUGUGCCUGUUGGAGCAUCAUUUGCAAGCAAUACAGUGGGUGUGCAACAUGGCUUCAUGCAACAUGUGGGCAUCAGUGUUCCCGGCCAGCAUUUGUCUAAUAGCAGUCAGAUUGGUGGUUCUGGUCAUAUUCAACUAAUUGGGUCGUUUGCUAAUCAACCUUCCAUGAUGACUAUUAAUAACCUAGAUGGCUCUCAAAUCAUAUUAAAGGGCAGCGGGCAGCAAGCUCCAUCAAAUGUGAGUGGAGGGCUUCUGGUUCAUAGACAGACCCCUAAUGGCAACGCCUUGUUUGGGAACUCCAAUUCCAGCCCAGUAGCACAGCCUGUUACCGUUCCAUUUAACAGCACAAAUUUUCAAACAUCUUUACCUGUGCAUAACAUCAUCAUACAAAGGGGUCUUGCACCAAAUUCAAAUAAAGUCCCAAUUAAUAUCCAGCCAAAGCCUCUCCAGAUGGGUCAACAAAACACAUACAAUGUGAACAAUCUGGGAAUACAGCAGCACCAUGUUCAACAAGGGAUCUCUUUUGCCUCUGCCAGCUCACCCCAGGGCUCGGUAGUUGGUCCGCACAUGUCUGUGAACAUUGUAAACCAACAGAACACAAGAAAACCAGUCACCUCACAGGCCGUGAGCAGCGCUGGUGGCAGUAUCGUCAUUCAUUCUCCCAUGGGCCAGCCUCACACACCCCAAAGUCAGUUCCUCAUACCUACAAGCCUUUCCGUCAGUUCCAACUCGGUACACCACGUCCAGACCAUAAAUGGGCAACUUGUUCAGACUCAGCCCUCUCAGCUCAUUUCUGGCCAAGUGGCCUCAGAGCAUGUCAUGUUGAACAGGAACUCUUCCAACAUGCUCAGGACCAACCAACCAUAUUCUGGACAGAUGCUUAACAGCCAGAAUAGCGCCGUCCAGCUAGUGUCUGGGCAGACAUUUGCUGCCUCCGGAAGUCCCGUGAUACUCAACCAUGCCUCUCCCCAGAUUGCCGGUGGCCAGGUGCCCUUGCAGCAGGUGUCACCAACCGUGUUACACUUGUCACCUGGGCAGGGCAGCAUCUCCCAAGGACGACCUGGCUUCGCCACCAUGCCCUCAGUGACUAACAUGUCCGGACCUAGUCGGUUCCCUGUUGUCAGCUCGUCCAGCACUGCCCAUCCCAGCCUUGGGUCUACGGUUCAGUCAGGUGCAUCAGGAGUGAACUUCACGGGAGACCAGCUGACCCAGCCAAACAGGACUCCAUUACCUGUCAGUGUGUGUCAUCGUCUUCCAGUUUCUUCUUCCAAAUCUACCAGCACCUUCAGUAACAUGCCUGGAGCAGGAACCCAGCAACAGUUCUUCUGUCAGGCUCAGAAAAAAUGUUUGAAUCAGACAUCCCCCAUUUCCACUUCCAAGAGCACAGAUGGCCUGAGGCCAGCGCAGAUCCCCAGCCUCUUGAGCACGGCACUGCCAGGGCAGGAUUCUGGAAGCAAAGUUAUACCAGUGUCCUUAGGAACCGCACAGCCACAGCAAGAGAAAGUGGUUGGAUCAUCUCCUGGCCAGCCAUCUGUUCAGGUGGAUAGUCAUUCGGGAGGACAGAAGAGGCCUGCUGCAAAACAACUAACUAAAGAAACUCUCAUUCUCCAGCAGUUACAGAGGGACCAAGCCCACGCUGUGACACCUGAUAAAAGUCGGUUCCGAUCACUAAGUGAUGCAGUACAGAGGCUACUCUCCUACCACGUGUGCCAGGGCUCCAUGCCCACAGAGGAAGACUUGAAGAAAGUUGACGAUGAAUUUGAAACAGUUGCCACUCAGCUCCUAAAAAGGACCCAAGCUAUGCUUAACAAAUACAGAUUCCUACUCCUAGAAGAUGCCAUGCGGAUCAAUCCCUCUGCUGAGAUGGUGAUGAUCGACAGAAUGUUCAACCAGGAGGAAAGAGCGUCUCUGUCCCGAGACAAGCGUCUAGCACUUGUAGACCCUGAGGGCUUUCAGGCUGAUUUCUGUUGUUCCCUCAAACUUGACAAAGCUGCUCACGAGACGCAGUUUGGCAGGAGUGACCAGCAUGGCAGUAAAACAACCAGCUCUCUACAUCUGACAGCCAAGGCCCAGAGCAGAGACCGAGCCAAACCAGGCAUGGCAGAGCCAACGAAUCAUGAUCAGUUUAAUUUAGUGCCUAAUCACAUCGUGGUCUCCGCAGAAGGAAACAUUUCUAAAAAAACGGAAUGCCUUGGCCGAGCACUGAAAUUUGACAAAGCGGGCUUAGUUCAGUACCGGAGUGCAUCUGAAGAGAAAACCAGUCGGAGAGAGUCCAUGAAGGCCAGCGAGUGCCCUCCUGGCCCCGACGGGCACCGGAAAACCUCAUCCAGACUAGAUCAUGGUACUGAAAGCAAACUCUCAAGUAUCCUAGUAGAUUCUCACUUGGAGAUGACCUGUAACAAUUCCUUCCAAGACAAAACUCUGAGGAAUUCUCCAAAGAAUGAAGUUUUACACACAGACACCGUGAAAGGGUCAGGUGAGCCCCAGCCGGAUCUCCAGCUCACUAAGAGUUUAGAAACAACGUUUAAGAACAUCUUGGAACUCAAAAAGGCUGGGCGGCAGCCCCAUAACGACGCCGCGGUUAGUGGCUCUGUUGAGUUAGAUUUUCCCAACUUUUCUCCAAUGGCUUCGCAGGAAAACUGCCUGGAAAAGUUCAUCCCGGACCACAGUGAAGGUGUUGUAGAAACUGACUCCAUUUUAGAAGCAGCUGUAAAUAGUAUCCUAGAGUGUUAAUAGCAGCCGUCCUUCCCUGCCCCGCCCUGAGCCCCCGCCCUGAGUCCCCGCCCUGGACAAGUUGCAUUCUCUCCUGGCAAAAGCAAAUGGAAGCGGUCUCCUGUCUCCAGCCUGCUUGAUCUUUCAUCACAGGUCAUCCUUUCUAAUCUCAGUCCCAUUCUUUGUUUAAGAGCAAUACUCGGUGGAGGUUACAGGGAGAUCCUUUAGUAAAAUGAAUUCUUGUUAGAAAGCAGUCUGAAAGGCCCUACACAUUUCAAGUGUUACAAAAGUGCUUAUAGUUAUGUUUUCGUUUAUUUGUUUUAUAUUUCUGAAAACCCUGUAACUCAGUGAGAUCACAGUACACAUAGCCCUGGGUAAAAUUCUGACAAUCAUAAGUCAUUUGAAAAGAACAGACUCAUCAAAGAAAUUCAAACAGGACUGAUAGAAGCUACUUUUUAAAGAAUACCCCACUGCAUCUCCAUAUUUCUGGGUUUUUUGUUAUUGAGGGGGAGCCCACAGGGUUCCCCGACUCAGCCACCUCUGAGCAGUAGGUUCCUCGCCGCCCUGCUGGGGAGGCCACAGCCCUGGUCUCAGCCACCUCUGAGCAGUAGGUUCCUCGCCGCCCUGCUGGGGAGGCCACAGCCCUGGUGUGAGCAGCAGGGGGCACACGAACAGGGCACUUGCAGGGCUCCCAUGCUCGCUGUUCGAGUGCUUUCCCAGAGCUCCUGGAGCAAAACCCCAUGUUUUUCAGCAUAUGCGUGUUGAAUUUCACCGAGGGAAUGCUCUGUUCAUUGCAACAGCAUGACUUGAUCUAACCUCACCAGGCUAAAUAAAGGAAAAUAGCAACCAGUCAGUGGCACAGUGUACAGGGGAGGCUGGGAUAGAGUCAUGAGGAAUAGAAUAUGUAUAUAUGUAAAAGCAUAUAUAUGUUAACUAUUGAGAAAAAACAAGCGUUUUGCAUUUUAUAAUUGGAUAGAAUCAACGUAUGCUGUAUGUUUUUGUUUGUUGCUGGAUUUUGUUUCAUUUAAUCUCUCUUCACAUCCUUUCCAACAAAGAGCCAAGUGCCAAAAGCACUUUCAUUUGAAAACUGUGUUGUAAUUUUCAGUUAACCUUCAAGGGGACUUUGGCUUCGUUUAUGCUUCUUGUCUGAGAACAGUCGUCCACCCCCGGCAGCAGUCAUUACCAAAACGCAGACAAACCAAAGGUAGCCAGCCAGCCCACCACUGAAAGGAAUGAUCUGAGACACAGGAUUCCCACUUGAGAGCCAAGGGGCAUAUGCCCCCAUCUCGGUUUGUGUUCAGCCCAUGUUCCGAUUAGUGAACAUAACGUUGCUUUAUUUAUUUAUUUUUCUUUUCAGGGAGCUUUCCCCAUUUUCCCUUCUUGUAUACCUGCCCCAGCUCAUCCCAUUUCUGUUCUGACAUUCAUUCUUCAUGCCACUGUAACCAUCAGGUACCUCCCACCAUUGGGAAAGCCACAUUCGGUGUUUUAUGUACCCCUUCAGUCACCUCUGUGUGCCUGGGUCUGGGUGUUCAGGUCCAGAGGGCAUUUUGGUUACAGUGUGUGCACACCCCCUCUCUCUGUCACCUGCAUGCACCCUUUCAUUUAUUCUGUGUAUCUCUCUGGCUUUAGAAGUACACCCACUGGUCUCCACUCCAGCAUGUUGCCAGGAUCUGCUUCUGGCUGUCCCCAGACUGUGGAUGACCCCCACUGCAUCAUGUCAGGCAUUUCUUUUCUAGAUUGGCCUGAGAUGGAAAGGAAGGCUUCUGAUUACUAGAAAACACAGCAACAGAAGACCUAGACCCUCCCUGCCCCCUUGUCCCGCCUCACAGAGAAAGCCUAUGAGACAGCCAGUCUUCAUAAGAGCAGCAUACCUUCUCCCCACCCCCAGCCUCCAGCCAAUAGAAAUUGGAAAAUCUGGGCCAUUUUAGGGUUACCAUUUUUUCCUUAUUUGUGCCAAUGUCCAAGUUGCAGAUUUCCCCUUUUUCCUGUAUUUUUACAUAUUAGAAAGAUGAAUUGACAUUGCCAGUUGGAGCUUUUCUGUUUGGGCAGCCUUGGGGUAACACCCUGCCCUGAACCCCAUGAUAUCACAGGCUCUUCCCUUAGGACUCAUGCUCCCCUAAAUCCUAGCAAGACUUAAAGAUGGUCCCUCUUGAUCAAAUUCUUCACUCUGUGGAACUUUAACCUGGAAGCCUUCACAGCAGGCUACUGAUGAGUUACGUGAAUUACUGCCAGUCAGUGGAAUUCUUCACAGACAAGCUUCUCGUACAUUUGUCACCUCUUUCUUCCCUGUCGUGCCCUGCCACCCCAACCCUAGCUUUCCCAUAUACCAUCUUCAAGGGUUUUUAAAGCCCUAAUAUUUGUCUAGCAAAUGGAGAGCCUAAUUUACCAAAACGAAACUUGUAAAUGUUUGUGUCCUUGUAUGUAAGUUUACUUUUUAUGGAGAAAAAUCCUAGGUAAUGACAAAUGAAGAUUAUGAGAUGUAUUUUACUCCUGUGAUUAGAUUAUGCACACAUGGGUCAUAACUCACAUGCCAUGCCGAGCUCCCUCUGGUGAAGGGUAAGAGAGCUCGGCCUCUGUUGGCCAGCAGUCGGUUGUUCAGGUUCAUUAGUCAAAGUUCAGUUUAAUAACUACUUGUACUCAGUAACAAAAAGCAUUUUCCUUUUUUUUAUUCUGUUGUUGUGGAAAGCACGUGUUCGUUACUAAGCAUUUGAUUUUCUGUGUCCUUAAGUACUGCCUAAAGAUAAAGCAAAUUUUAAACCGGCAAUUACGAAAAAAGAACUAUUUUAGCUCUGAAGAAUUUAGUAGACUUUGUUAGAUUAGGGAGGCCUUACAGACUGACUUGACUUAAAGAGGACGCGUCACUCACUGUCAAUGUGGUGUGGGCUUUAUUUGCUUAAAUACCUUCAUUUGUAUAGUAUGUCUCACUUGAAAUUGCUUUGUAUACAUUUUGUAAAAAUAUUUAUAAAAUGUUUUGUAAAAAAAAGUAUAACAAAUUGCAGUUUAUUUUGUUAUGUUGGAUAAAUACUGUUAAAAGAAACCAGUCAGUACCUAUAUUGUUAAUCCCUGGUUAGGAAAUGUUUAGUUGGAGAUUACAAAAUGAAACAACCAUUGCAAUACAGCCAAAGAUUUGGGAAAAUG